AUGACAGCGAUUAUUUCGGGCAUCCUUUUCUGGGUGCUGCUUCUUUUUCAGGAGCAGGGAGUUACUGGAGUCCCUCCUCAGAUAAGAGGUGCCCAGUGCAGGACAAGACCCACGGAUCUGGUUUUCAUCAUAGACAGUUCCCGGAGUGUGCGCCCCAGUGAAUUUGAACAAGUCAAAGUUUUCUUGUCCCAGGUCAUUGAGCCACUGGAUGUAGGACCAAACACUACCCGGAUCGGUGUCGUUAAUUAUGCCAGUGCAGUCAAGCAUGAGUUUUCUCUCAAGACUCACCGUACCAAGGCCUCCUUGCUGCAAGCUGUGCGGAGGAUCGAGCCCCUCUCCACUGGAACCAUGACAGGCCUGGCAAUCCAAUUUGCCAUCAACAGAGCGUUCAGUGAGGUAGAAGGUGCACGAGUGAGAUCACCAGGGGUUAACAAGGUAGCUAUCAUAGUAACAGAUGGGCGCCCCCAGGAUGGUGUGAAGGAUGUAGCAGCCCGGGCAAGAGCUCUUGGGAUUGAAAUUUUUGCCAUCGGCGUGGGCCGAGUGGACAUGCACUCCCUGAGGCAAAUUGCCAGUGAGCCACUGGAUGAGCACGUGGACUAUGUGGAGAGCUACAGUGUCAUUGAGAAGUUGACUAAGAAGUUUCAAGAAGCAUUCUGUGCCGUAUCAGACUUGUGUGCCACGGGAGACCACGAUUGUCAGCAGAUCUGUGUCAGCACAGGCGCCUCAUACACGUGCGCUUGUAAAGAGGGGUUCACACUUAACAGCGAUGGGAAAACCUGCAGUGCCUGCAGUGGAGGAGCUGCCACAGAUCUUGUAUUUCUGAUUGAUGGCUCCAAGAGCGUGAGGCCCGAGAACUUUGAGCUGGUGAAGAAGUUCAUCAACCAGAUUGUGGAUUCUCUGGAUGUGUCGGACAAAAAUGCACACGUCGGCCUGGUCCAGUAUUCUAGUUCUGUCAGGCAGGAAUUCCCACUAGGGCGGUUCAAUAAUAAGAAGGAUAUUAAAUCAGCAGUGAGGAAGAUGUCAUACAUGGAGAAAGGGACGAUGACUGGCCAAGCACUGAAAUACCUGGUGGACAAUUCCUUUGCCAUCUCCAGUGGAGGAAGACCCGGAGUUCCUAAGGUGGCAAUUGUAUUUACAGAUGGACGAUCACAAGAUUACAUCAAUGAUGCAACCAAGAAAGCCAAAGAACUAGGGUACAAGAUGUUUGCUGUUGGAGUUGGCAAUGCUGUCGAAGACGAACUGAAAGAAAUCGCCUCCGAACCAGUGUCAGAGCAUUAUUUCUACACUGCCGAUUUCAAAACCAUCAACCAAAUUGGAAAGAAACUACAAAGUAAAAUCUGUGUUGAAGAAGAUCCAUGUGAAUGUGAAGCCAUUGUGAAGUUCCAGACAAAAGUGGACAACCUCAUCAAGGCACUGACCCAGAAGCUGGAAGCUGUGACAAGAAAACUCGCUGCCCUGGAAAACAGGAUCACGGUUUAAAAAAAAUGCAGAAUAUUUUUUCUUCUCAACUGAAAAAGAAAAAAAACACCACAGACACACCAGAAGACCUUUACUUAUAUGGAUGAGCUGCUCUUGUGCAGUGCUACAUGAUAUCUUUUAAUAAAAUGACUUUUCUAGCUGCCUUCUUUGAAAGAGGGGAAAAAUUGUAAUGCUAGAAUAUGCAUCAUGGUAAAGCCCUAUAUGUCUUUGUGUACCAAAAUACAUUAAACUAUCCCUUGCAUCAUAGACUAUGCAUAUAUUAAGUACCUGGGAGAAAUUGUUUUAAUCUAAAGCUUAAUAUAUACAUCUAUAAUGUUUUGAACAUGUACUUUUUAUGGAGUUCUCUGAAUGCUCACUGGGUUCUUCUGUCGCUUCUUGGUUUCUGCGUAUGCCGUCAUUUUGUUUAAAAACUGGAUUUGAUCUGCAUGACUCUGAAUGUUAAAAAAAGAGAGAUGGCAGAUGUAUAAUUUCUGGAUAAAGCAUUUAUCUCUAAGUAGCAGCAACAAUAUGUAUUAAUUCAGGCAUGCAAGAUGCCUCCUGCUGCAAAUUCCCACUGACGUUCAGUGCCAAAGGUUAAGAUUGCAAAGGGGUGUUCAGAGCUUCAACAAAUUACAUCCAAUGAUCUACUCACCAAUAAGCAAGCGGAUUUUGUAGAAAGAACUCAUCCAUGGAUUUUUCCAUAUAUGCAUCUCGGUUUCCCUAGCAUGACGGGGUAUUACCGCUUCCCGAAUCCUAGGCUGUACAGUUCUCUUGAAAGCUUUAACAAUACAUGCCAACAUCAGGACUCUGAUCUUAAGACUCUUGAUAUGAAGAUCAGUCUUUAGACUGUCAUCUAGUUAGUGUUCCCUUAGGCCAUACUCAAGCCAUAUGCCAAUACGGCCUCACCUUCUGGCCACAGAUCUCCGGCAACCAAGUAGUCACUAGGCCGACCAAGGCAUGCCAAGAAACACAUCACCACUGCACCCCUCUAAAUGUGAGCAUAUGUGGUUGGGGCUUUGGUUAAUUUUGUAGUGGUUUGUAUCAGAAUAUUUAUACUUGAGAGGAUGGGAAAGGCUUUUCAGAAUAACGCGACUUAUUCAGAAAUGUCAUCGUAACAGAUGUUUUCAUA